AUUUUUUCGGACAAAUGGGAGUAAACUAAGUCUUCCUCUUAUUUCGUCCUCCUCGUCUUCACUAGCCCUUCAUGGCUCUCCUCCUUCGGUCUUCGUGCCCGCCGAUCUGUUCUGCAGUCCCUGCAGUGCUCUUUAACCGCAGGCGUCUUGCUUACGCCGCUCCACAGUCGUCGCUCUCCGCCGGCGAUAUGGCGAGGAGCAGCGGCGCUGAGUUCUUCCAAGACGACACCAGACCCAUCAUGCUCUUCGAUGGCGUGUGCAACCUUUGCAACGGGGGCGUCCGGUUCGUGAGAGAGAACGACCGCAAUAGGUUCGGUUCUGUGUUGAUUUCCUUAUUUUUACAUACAUACCAGCCAACUCUUAUGUAUUUACAUAUCUAACAUGUAAACUUUGGU